AUGACCAGCGAAACUGCAAAGGCAAAAUCCAAGUUGGUGACUCUUUCAUCGUCACUUUCAGAACUGGAAGCGCAGCUUGAGCCGUUAUUUACCCAGACUCUACCCGAAACUCUGCUGCCCUUGGAGCCUGUUGACCAAGCAAAACUGCAAACGCUUCUCACCUAUGUCACUUAUGACUUGGUGUUCAUUUACCUCAAGUCCAGAGGAAUCGAUCCGAAAACUCAUCCCGUAGUAUCAGAGCUAGACAGAAUAAAAGGUUACUUUGACAAGAUUGACAAAGCUGAAAAGCCAGAAACUAGACAUAUCCAAGUCGACAGAGCCGCCGCCGGACGAUUCAUCAAACAUGCUAUCACACAAGCCAAAGUGGGUCGGCCUCCUGGUGAUACACCUGCAGAGCCGAUGCCUGGUCUGUCGAACGUUCACGUUCCGGUCAAGGUUACUGACAAAAUGCUCGAGCGGCGGAAAUAUGAAAAGGAGAUGAAGGAGCGUGAUGCCGCAGAAAGCAGUGAAGAAAGCGAUUUGGAGAUAUUUGACGAGAAGAUAGAUGACGAUGGUGACGAAAAGGUUGAUGUCAAAGGAAAAGGAAAGGUUAAGGAACAGAGUGACGAACGAAGACUGUCCGCCGAUAUUUCCGCAAUCUCUAGGACGAAACGAAGGAGGGCUACCGUUGAUCCUUUCGCUGGAUACGGAGACGACGCAAUCACUUCGGCCAAUCAACCUAAUGAAACGUCAAGUAAUGACUUUAAUCAGACUAAACCGAAAAAGAAGAAGCAAAAGAGCAAAGACUCGACUUCUGCAGCGGAUUUAAGCACCCCCCAAGCAAAAGCGGAGAAAAAGGCAAAGAAGGGAACUCGUACGUAGGACUCGUGUCUUUCUAUACCUCCCUGGUGUCGUAUUUUUUUUUAAUAGAAUCUUGAGCUGUCUAGAAAUAAGCGAUCAUAACCACGACGAUAAUUAUAAUAGUCUCGUUAAAAAAUGAUGCAAAAAAUACAUACAAAAUGAACACAAAGUGU